CACGUGGACGGCAGUGAAACGAAGCGUUGACGCGGUAACUCCAACAUCAUCGGGACACGUCAAUCAAGUCAAGUAGUUGUUCGGCACGGGAUCUCGAAUCGUAUCCGCGAUGUGACAUAAAAAAACAGUUUUUUCGCAUAAACAGCUUUAUCGUAUAUUUUAUCGAGCGAUAACGAUCAGUCGAAUCUCAGCGUCGGCGCUAAUCGCGUCGAUUUACCUGCCCGUGAAAUAAGUAAAACAAACACGGGAGAACCACGCCAUGGAGUCGGCCUCGCGUCCACUUGGCGGGCAAAUCGGCCAGAAAAGGCGCGCGCGUACAGUCGACAUGUAUAGUCAACGGGAACAUAACAACGCGGUUAGUCUGGUAGCUUAAUCGAGCGAGCGAGAGAAAGAGAGAGAGGGGGAGGGGAGCGAAAAAUAAGUCGGUUGAUAAGAGCGCGCGGCGAUCGUGCGCGUGCAGUUGCGAAGAAAGAAACAGAUAAAAUAAAAAAAAAAGAAAAGAGGGAAGGAAAGUUCAUGCCCCGCUCUCAACCAGAGCCACAUCCGUAAAUAAAUUGUCAACGACGCGCGAGCGCACCGAAGAGCUUCUAAUACUGCGGCAUGUUUGCUCUGCGAUAAACCCUUUUCUCGGCUGCUAUCUCACUGGAGCGACGUGUAUUUGCGCUGCUGAGCGAUGACGUCCAAAGGUAUUUUGAGCAUCAGCGAAGUGAAUGCGCUGCCCGAGGAAAAUUUUGAAUGGCUAUUUGGAAAUGUCAUCGAGCAUUGUCCCGAAGCAGCCGCGGCUGUUGCCGCUAAACGGCCUUUUUCCUCGUCCGAGGAUCUCAAGAAAGCGUUUGAGAAUUAUUUGGAAAAAUUGGAUACUUCUGACAAGGAAAUGGUUUUACAAAAGCAUCCAGAUUUAGCGGGUAAAUUAGCCGACGAAGGAAAACUCACUAUAGAGUCUCAAAAUGAACAGAAACUUGCAGGACUUGAUGGUAUGACAAAAGAUGAAGCGCAAAGUUUGACUAACAAUAAUUAUUUAUACAAAGAAAAGUUUAGGUUUCCAUUUGUCAUUUGUGCAAGAGAAAAUAAAGUUCACAGCAUAUUACAGGGACUCGAAAUCCGACUGAAAAAUAAUAGAGAAACUGAAUUGAAAACUGGAAUCAACGAAGUGAAAAAAAUAUGCAGAAUAAGGAUUGAUGACCUUGUUUGGCAUGACUAGUACUAAUUGAGGAAUUAUAUCGAGUAUUGUUCAUUGUAAAUUUUAUACAUAAGAGGUUUAUUAAAAGAUUUUAUAAAUAAAGAACAAAUUUAAGUAAUUCCUUAGAUAAUUAGCAGACCAGAGACCAACCUUACAGAAUGCCUAAA